UUGAUACAGAAAAGGUCCGUAAAAACAAUACAUACGUGAUAACUGCUAGUAUAUUUGUUGUACACACUAGGCGUUAUGUUGCUACGCCUAUUCCACGUAUCUGCCGCGUCGCUGUUCUGGUAUACAGUGUGGUACGACCAGAGUUUCAUAGAUAUACCGUUCCCGAAUGAGAAGUAUGCGCAGUAUGCUUUGAAAGGGAGAGUUACUUUCCUGACGUUCUGGUGUUUGGUACUGCAAACACUCUACUUCACAGUCUCCGUUCUGAAUGACUACAUCGGCACUAAUGUCGAUCACCCCAAGCAGAACUCCAUCUUACGCUACAUCAAGGACAAGCUGUUCAUCCUCGCCUUCCCCAUCGCUCUCUACGUUACCUCCUUCUUCUGGGGCAUCUACGCCAUCGACAAAGACCUCAUCUUCCCUGACUGGAUCGCCAAGAUCAUCCCCUCAUGGGUCAACCACACCAUGCACUCAUUAGUUCUUCUCUUCAUCAUUUUAGAACUAGUCAUAACAUACAGGAGAUAUCCAUCUAGGUACGUUGGGUACUCGAUAGUCGUUUGUUUCAAUUUUAUGUACACGUUUUGGUUCCAUUUUAUUUACUAUCAGACUGGGGUUUGGGUGUACCCUGUUUAUGGUGUGUUGAACUGGCCGGGUAGGGUAGGGCUUCAAAUGGCCAGUACUACUUUAGCAGUUGGAUUUUACCUGCUGGGAGAGAAGCUGAAUGAACUUGUGUGGACGAAAGUUGAUAAGCAGAAGGUGAAAAGCAAAUAAAUUAUUUAUUUUAUAAGAUGAACGCAUAAUUUUAAAACUAUAAGUCCCAGCACCAUACUAUAAAGACGACU